AUGGAGAGAAAAACUUUGGCUUUGAGGGCGAUGAUCAAGAAGCAUCGUCCUAAGACGGAGAAUUUGGACCCUCGAAAGUGGAUGAGACCGGAGACUAUGAGUGGGUUUGGUGACUUCAUAUUAAACAAGAACACCGACAAAGAGACGGACACCAGCUUUGACAACAACGAGAUGUUGCUUGAUGCAGAAAAGCAGUUUAUGGAAGCAGCUAAGAGAAAUGACGUGGAGACCAUGAAGACUCUUGGAAGAGGGCUCAACGCCAAUGCAAGAAACGUGAAUAACAGGACUGCGCUUCACUAUGCAGUAGCCGGCAAAAACAAGGAAGCUGUGCAGCUUCUUCUGCAGCGGAGGGUCAAGGUGGACCAAAAGGACAAGUACGGUGUGGCACCCAUUCAUUUGGCUGCCUGGUUUGGCAGUUUGGAGAUCCUGAAAUUAUUAGUGCAGGCUGGGGCUGAGCAGAAGAUUGAGAAUGAGGAAGGACUGAACAUCAUGCACUGUGCUGCGAUCAACAACCACACUGACAUUGUAGAGUAUAUCAUUGAUGACCUGCAGAUGAAAGAGCUAGACAAAGAUGACCAGUCAGGACACCGGGCAUUUGCAUUGGCGGCAGAGCAUGGGUGUGUUAAAAUGUUAGAUAUGCUGAUUGUGCCGUACGACUUGGCCACCAUGAAGCCCAACAAGAACGGGGACACGCCCCUGCACUUAGCUGCCAAGAACGGUCACUUGGAUGCCGUCCAAUCGCUGCUGCAGAGCUUUGAUACUCGGGAUGAAGUCAAUAUGGAUGGUGAGACAGCUCUGUACCAGGCUGCAGACAGCAGUGAGGAGGAAUGUGUCCUGGUCCUGCUGGAGGCGGGCUGUGACCCCAACAUCCUUACAACGACAAAAUGCAGUGCUCUCCAUCCAGUUUCAGAAAGAGGAGACACGUCUCUUGUCCAACUCCUCUUAGAUUACAAAGCCCAUACGGACUUCCAGAAUCAGCACCUAGAGGCUCCUAUCCACCUGGCAGUAAAGAACAGUCACAUCCCUGUCCUCCAUUCUCUACUGAAGGCUGGCUGCAACAUUAAUGUCACUGAUAAGCGGUCCCAGACUGCAAUGCAUCUUGCUGCUGAGCUGGCCAGAAUAGAAAUCGUGGAAAUGCUUCUUAAAGCUGGGCUGGAUCCGACUCUCCGGGAUAGACAGGGUAAGACGGUUCUGGGUGUGGCAGCCAGAGCAGACGAGGUGAUUAUUGUGAACAUGAUCAUCAAAGCAGAAAGAUACUACGCUUGGAGGAAGGCCAACCCAGAGCUUAAUGAGAGCAUUCACAGCGAGAAUCCGCUGAAGUUUAAACUCGACCACCGCUUUGAGACCAAGCAGUUUCGUUCGAUGGCCUGGCGUCUGGCGUACCAGCUCCUGAAUGCAGGAGACUGGAAAAGACUUGCGGAACACUGGGGCUUCACUAAGGAGCAAGUGUCGGCCAUCGAGGAGCAGUGGACAGGUCAGCACAGCUAUCAAGAGCAUGGGAACAGGAUGCUGCUGAUCUGGCUUCACGGGGAGGAGUUGGCUCAGAGGAGUCCUGCUAAAGAACUCUACCAGGGACUCAUCUUCACAGGGAACAGGAAAGCUGCAGAUAAGAUUCGGAUGGAGGCGGAGAGUUCCAGCAGUAAGAGCUGCAGCAUUUCAUGAGGAUGAACACUGCAACAUAUACACUGAUAUAAACUCCAUGUUUACAUCAUUUCCAAAUACUGAUCUGUACAGGAA